AUGAAGGCGAGGCUCAGUGACAACGUCUUCGUCCUCGCGGUGAUCAAAGAGGGUUAUCCUCAAGGAGGAGGGCAGUACGUUCAUGGGUCCACGAACUACGAGGGAGAACUGGUGCGAGGGAGAAUGCAUGGGAAGGGAGUGCUGACGAUGGAGGGGAUGAAGCAAGAUGGUCACUUCGCUGAAGGAAACUUUGAGGAGGGAACUUGUGCCAUGCAGCAGGGCUGGACUUACAUCGGAAAGACGUUGGACAGCCGUUGGGAUGGGGAAGGGCUGCAGAUGAAGCAUCAGGACGGAGAGGAGUACGAGGGAGAUGUAAAGGGAGGAGCCUUCCAUGGUGUUGGGCUGUUGACUUGCGGAGACGGGAGGAAGUUCAGAGGCGUGUUUGACAGGGGGUCCAAGAGUGGACCAGGGCGAAUGGUCCUUGCAACGGGGGAGAACGUGCAGGCGAACUUCGACAAGGAGAGGAUGACGGGGGAUCGCACCAUCAGCUUUCUCAACGGAAGCACCAUGAGGUUCUCGGAGAGCUACCAGGACGACAAGUCGGACGUGCUUUACGCCUUCGCCAACGGGCUGGUCGUGCAAGGGUUUUCAGAGUCUGGCCGCCUCAAUGGUACCUGCAGCGUGAACAGGGAGAGCGAAGCGACAGGACCCGAGCUCCCGUCCUUCGAGUUCCGCGGGGAGAUGAAGGCUGGAGCUGUGCACGGGCCGGGCAUGCUGAGCUUCGGGAAGCUGAGGUAUGAGGGGAAGUGGGCUGGAGGGACCGCGCAUGGUGAGGGAACCUUGUUCGAGGUGGGGGCUCACAGCAAGACGGCGAUCCCUCUGCGAGUGACCUCGUACACGUUCGGAGCGCGAAAUGAUGCUCAUGUGCCGCCCGCUGACCCUCAUGGCGGUGAUGCGAGUGAGGAUGAAAUGAUCCCCUUUGAGGACCGAACGUCAUAGUGUAAAAUACAACAUUAUCAUUAC